CCGAUUGGGGUGGAUCCGGUUCCAUCCUGUCUAGACCAAUCAACAGUCCUACUCUGCUUCACCGCGCCAGAGCAGACUUGAGACUCCCUUCCACAUUCAUCUCAUAUCUUUUGAUAAUACCCACCACUCCCCUACUACGUUGUUCCCAGCUUCGGAAUCGCCUUCUUACAUGCCGCACCAUCAUCAGGUUGCGUUUUUCACGCCGCUGAAGGAUCCCAGUGUGUUGGCAGAGGAGGAAUCAGGCUCAAUUCCGAAGAUACCCAUCAAUGAAGGCCCUAAUUGUCUUGGCCGCAGUUGUGUUCCAGCCAAUGAUAAACGGAUCAGCCGGAAACAUCUUACUGUCAUUGCCACUUCAGGUGGCUCUGCAGAAGUGUUUGUGGAAGGUACAAACCCAGUUGUUAUAAGAUCAAAAGGCCUGAGGAAGAAGCUUUUGUCAGGAGAAAGGUGGGAAAUCAAUGACGGUGAUGUGGUAGAGUUGAUACCUGGACAUUACUGUUUUAGGUACACAGCUCUUAGGAAUGAAAGCUCACCACACAGCCGGAACAAAAGGCCUCUGAUGAUUGAAGAAAGUAAUAGUAGCAAAGAGGGAGGACACAGCCUCAAAAAAACUAGAGAAAAUGGGUUGGAGUCUGAUAGCCAUAAAACAGAGAGUCUUGUAGAGGCAAUACGUUAUUUUGAUGUCCCCAAUGAUAAGUUACCCCAAACAUUCCGGUUGCUUAGAGUUCAUGAGCUGCCAGCAUGGGCAAACACUAAUGCUGUUUCCAUCCAUGAUGUAAUACAGGGGGAUGUGCUUGUAGCCAUCCUUUCCAAUUACAUGGUAGACAUUGAUUGGCUACUCUCUGCAUGUCCCACUCUUAAAAAGAUUCCCCAGGUUCUUGUUAUACAUGGAGAAGGUGAUAGUACCGUAGAACAUAUGAAGAGAAGCAAUCUUUCAAACUGGAUUCUACACAAACCUGCAUUGCCCAUAUCAUAUGGGACCCAUCAUUCAAAAGCCAUGAUUCUUGUGUACCCUAAAGGGGUCAGAAUUGUUGUGCACACUGCAAACUUGAUAUAUGUUGACUGGAACAACAAAAGUCAAGGUUUGUGGAUGCAAGAUUUCCCGUGGAAGGACCAAAAUUGUUCAAAUAUGGAAUGUGGCUUUGAAAGAGACUUGAUUGACUAUCUUAGUGUGUUAAAGUGGCCUGAGUUCAAUGCAAAUAUACCAGGGCUUGGAAACUUCAACAUCAAUUCCUCAUUUUUCAAGAACUUUGACUAUACCAGCGCAGGGGUCAGGCUAAUUGCCUCCGUCCCUGGAUAUCAUUCAGGUCUAAGUUUGAAAAGGUGGGGACAUAUGAAGUUACGUACUGUCCUUCAAGAGUGUACUUUCAGCAAAGAGUUUGAGAAAUCUCCUCUUGUUUAUCAGUUUUCAUCUCUUGGUUCUCUAGAUGAGAAGUGGAUGACAGAACUUGCAACUUCAAUGUCAGCAGGGAUGUCAGAUGACAAAAAGCCCCUUGGCUUAGGGGAGCAAAUGAUAAUAUGGCCUACUGUUGAAGAUGUCAGAUGUUCAUUGGAGGGAUAUGCUGCUGGAAGUUGCAUUCCAAGCCCAUUAAAAAAUGUGGAGAAACCAUUUCUGAAAAAAUACUGGGCAAAGUGGAGAGCAACCCACACUGGUCGUUGUCGGGCAAUGCCUCAUAUAAAGACGUUUGUUCGUUACCACGGUCAAAGUGUAGCAUGGUUACUGCUUACUUCUGCAAACCUCAGCAAAGCCGCCUGGGGAGCUCUUCAAAAAAAUAAUUCCCAGUUGAUGAUUCGAUCAUAUGAGAUUUCCAAACAGAUCCUAAACGUUAUAGCUGUGAAAAACAAUCCCACAUACCAGAUGAUAUAAAAACUGAUAUUGCGUCUGAAUUGUCGCCAGCUGGGGGUGUUGUUUUUACCAUCUGUCAAUUGUGAAAGUGGAUUUUCUUGUACGGACGAACGCAGUAAUCUCUCUAAGGUUAAAAAAUCUACAAUGGAGAAAGAGAGAAGGGCAAAGCUUGUAACUCUAGCUUGGCAAGGAAAUAUAGAUGCAGAGUCUCCUGAAGUUACCAAGUUACCCUUACCCUAUGAGCUUCCUCCUACGCCAUACUCUCCCGAAGAUGUGCCCUGGUCAUGGGAUCGUCGUUAUGCCAAGAAAGAUAUAUAUGGCCAACUUUGGCCUAGGUAAAGGACUAUUGGAAACAAGUAAAAAUGUGUUUGGUUGGCCCUAACCUGGCUUUCAUAAAGAACUGCUUUUGUAUAUUCUCAAAUAGAACAUGAUGAUGAUAUACUCUUCUUAAUCAGGGUUAGUUCCCCAAUGUAUAAUAUGCAUACAUAUUCUAGCCCCAGGUUAACCUAAUGUUUUGAAGUCAUUUCUUUUACUCCUAUGGUAAGGACAGGG